AUAUAUCCCGACGUCGGCAAGUCGAGAGAAAUAGUUGCUAGGCUUGUCUUCCGAGAUAGUCGGGAGAGGCAGCGGUGCUACAUUAGAGGACAAAAAAGGAAAAAAUACACAACAGUAUUUAUGAAUUUAAUUAUAUAACACUAUAUGUUGUCCAGAUAUUAUCAAAUAAAAAGUUAGAAACGAAUUUCCUCCGAGCUCCGUUGCACUAAAUGGAGGAGAAGAAGGAAGACGGGGACUCGGAGAUACAAGAACACGGACCGGAGCACUGGUUCUCAAAAUGGGAGCGGCAAUGUUUAGCCGAAGCCGAACAGAUGGAGCCGGGCGAGGAGGAGGCCGACAACGACCAGGAUAAACUCUGGCAUCUCUUCCAGAACUCCGCCACUGCCGUAGCCCAGUUAUACAAAGACAGGGUAUGCCACCAGCAGGGCCUGUCGCUGUGGGUGCCAUUUCAGAACGCCGCCACGGCAGUGACCAACCUUUACAAAGAGAGCGUGGAAGCCCACCAGAGAAGCUGUGACCGGGGCAUCCAGAUAGGGAACCAGCGACGUAACAAGGAUAUGCUGGCUUGGGUGAAGAAGCGGCGAAGAACCAUCCGUAGGGAGGAUCUUAUCAGCUUUCUGUGUGGCAAAGCCCCCCCACACAGGAGCAGCAGGACCAACUCUCGCCUGGCCAUGGUGGCCCCCAGCCGGGCUAAUUCCCCCGCAGAGACCGGCUCAUCGGUGGAGACCGACCUGCAGCCGUUCAGGGAGGCCAUAGCUCUGCACGGUCUGAGCGGGGCCAUGGCGAGCAUCAGCGUGCGCUCCGGGGCUCCGGGUUCUCCGACGCACGUGAGCGGGAGCAGCAGCACCACGGGGGGCGCGGCGGGGGGCCCGUCCUCCGGCUCUGGGCCGGUGUGCCGCAGCCGGCGCAACGGGCUCCAGGACGUGGAUCUGAACACUUUCAUCACAGAGGAGAUGGCCCGCCAUCUGGACUCUACCGGCUCCGCCGCCGCGGGGGGAGGAGGGGGAGGAGGAGGAGGCACCAGGAAACGGAACUCCACCCAGUGUAGCGACGUCAUCACGGACUCGCCCACGCACAAACGCAACAGGGUGAUCUGAGCCGCCGCCCGCCUGCCUGCCAGCGAAGGGUGCGGCGGAGCCUCCAGACCCAGGAUGGACCCAGACUCCUCAGCGUCUGGGCUGGGAGGGAAAGCAGGGGGCCUGAAGGCUCUCAGUCGCAUUUGUUCUUGAAUUGUGUUCCUUGUCUCCUUUCCAAACACUAAGUACAGAUCCACAACCAGAGCAGUCUGUGUAUACGUGUGUGUUUGUGUGCGAGAGAGAGGGAGAGACUAAUUGGGAUGUUUGGACAGCCUCACACAUUCCUCAGACCGAGCUGCCCUGGAAAGGAGACAAAGAAGGAGGUCACCUACUAAUUCUGGGAUGCAGAGCGCUCUCAGCGAGCGGAAACGCGCCGCGCUGUCCGACGAGCAGAAAGCCACUUCAUCUGUGACGCGCGUCCAUCCCUCAGUCCGUCAUCCUCACCCGUCACCUUAAAAAGCCAGAGAGGGCCGCCAUCAGACGCCGCGCUCGCCUCAAAGAGUCGCUCGCCAAAAACAAGAGGAGGGUCCCCUCUCCUGCUCAGACCACCCGUUUGUGUUUUCUGUUACUUCCUGUUUGCCUGACAGCGGUGCAGCUCAUCCCCCCCCAGCGUCCCGCUUGUAGCCAGUUUCACGGCUGUCUGUCGGGGCGGACGGCAUCCAGACCACGGCUGCAUCUCUGAGGCCCCGCAGUCACUUUUCCUCUCCAGCCGCCAGUGUUAAGACGAUCCUCUGCAGCCGAGUCACGCCUACACAAACUUAUCAGCGUCGCGGUUCGAUGAAGAAUACAGAUGGAGUCUUAGUUUCUCUGAUGCCCUUCCUGUGACAGCUCUGACGAGUUGCAAUAAGUAUUUAAUUUUUUUUUUUUUUUUUUGCACUUCUAACUCAUGCAAACAAAUCGGCUCUUCCACCCCCCCACUUGUGUUUAGGUGCUUUAAUUAAUAAUAAUAAUUAUAAUAAAAAAAAGAGUAAAACGAUGUGUGCAUCCCUGUGGGAGAAGUGAUUUAAUUUAUUCUUGAUGUUCUGGCCGCUUGUUGCACAUCAGCUGCUCUUGUUUUGUGGGGACGCUUGUUUUGAAAGGAGCCGUGUAGAAGAAACGUGGUUGUUGCAGCGGAUAAAUCUUGGAAAGAUCCUUUAAUUAUAAGAUUGAAAGAGGAGAGCAGGGCAGUCAGAGGCCAACUUUUAUGGGUCGAACAGGUAAAUGGAACAGAAGCGGGUGUAAAAACCCCGUUUCUAAAUCCUGAUGAGGCUUUGUGGGAUUGGAAAGUUUUAAUUUUGCUGACUUGAGACGUCUCUUCGCUCCCCUCUGCGACUUUGGUUUGCACCUGUUUUCGCACUUAUUUAUUUUGUGUAUUCAGAGUUCAAGCUUUCCUUUCUGUUCAGCUGGUGGCUAAAGGAAGAACCGGCUGAUUUCCGCGCUUCUGUCUGGAGUUUUAAAAAAGAAAAAGGACAAACGCUGAGAUGGAAAACGACGUCCCGGAUAAUUGAGCGUGAAUCUGCUGACAUUUGGGGGGGGAAGGCGUCCAAGAGAAUUAAGUAAUGCUUGUUGGGGCCACAGGAAUCAGAUUCCCCUGUGCUGGGCACCGCUUUUUCAUCACUUCCUGCUGCCGGACUGAUGACUAGAGGCCAGAGUACUGCGCAGGAACCCGGCCUGUAAAAACGUCCUCUCCUCGCCGUUUAGCAUCUAGCCCUCCUUUUUUGGCCUCAGAGCUCAGCAGGGAGCUCCUGUUGCUGAAGGCGAUGGCGUUUUCUCAGCAGAGAGGAGGGGGAGAAGAAAUGUCGCGAGACUUUUUCCGCUCCUUUUUUAAACGUUGAGUGACGUCACCCGCAGUUGAGUCGUUUCUGUGCUUUCCAGAGCUGGCCCGUCUGCUAGCGCUUGGGUUUAUUUAGAGCUGACUUGUUUCUGUUGCUUUUCCUCGGUCGGUCAUGGCCUUCAUCAGACUGAAUCACGCCACAUGAUGUCUUCAGAGCCAAAAAAAAAAACAAAACACGAUCAGCUGUUUCUGGAUACUUGUCUAAAAUAAGAUGAAUGGCUAAUCUAUAUUCUUAACAAAUAAUUGUUGGUAUGACAUGUGUGGUUCACGAUGUAAAAAAAAAAAAAAAUACAAUAAAACAGUUCAGUUGAA